CAGGGAAGCCCAGGACCAGAUGGACCUCCGGGUCCUAAAGGUGGCCCUGGUGAUCCAGGAGAUGAAGGGGAAAUAGGGGAACCUGGACCACCUGGACUUAAUGGAGCCAAUGGGAAUCCAGGCAAGCCUGGACCCUCAGGGGGCUAAAGCCAAGCGAGGUGAGAAUGGUGACCCAGGGUUUAAAGGAGACCUGGGACCUCCAGGACCUCCAGGUAAACAAGGAUUUAAAGGGCGUCAAGGCCCUCUAGGACUUCAGGGACUUGAAGGACCAACAGGGCCACCAGGAACUCCCGGACCCAGUGGGUUUGAUGGCAUCUUGGGGGAGCAAGGAAAGCAGGGAAAAGAUGGACUAAAGGGAGACAGAGGACCAAAUGGUAUUCACGGAGUUCCUGGGCCUCGAGGCGACAAGGGUCGAGUAGGUCGAGCAGGAUUUUCUGGAUUGCCUGGUCCAAUUGGAGAGAUGGGAAAAUCAGGAGAGAGGGGACGUGAAGGAGAACCUGGUAUUAAGGGAAUGCCUGGAGUCCUAGGAAUGAGUGGACCUAAAGGCCUAAAGGGAUUUCAAGGUCAUUUAGGUAACAGGGGACAGGAUGGACCUCUAGGAGCCAUGGGAUCCAUUGGUGCAAAUGGAAUGAAUGGGGACACUGGACCUCCUGGUCCAAAAGGAUUACCUGGGAAGACAGGAGCCCCUGGCUUCCAAGGACCUGUAGGGAAAAGUGGAGAAGCUGGCGGCAGAGGAAAGAAGGGGACAUCUGGAAAGCCUGGAGAAAGAGCAAGUUACAAAAUCACCAUCUGGCAUUUCAGGAUAUUACAGUGCAAACUCUUGUGGUGCCACAACACAGUAAAACUGGUUGAGAUUGCUGAGAAAAGAUGUGAUACUAGAUGAUAAUGAACUGCAAGUUUUUGAUAUUUUGAUUGUAGCCAUGAUGAUGUUGAGAUUAAUGAAGGGUUGGUUUCCUUUAGGGGGUUAAAGGUAAAGAUGGCCCAGCAGGGCUACCAGGAAGUGAAGGCUUAAAGGGGGAGAGAGGUGAGGAGGGACCAAGGGGGGCACAAGGCCGCCCAGUGAG